UGAUUCCUCUGGUGAUCUCUGAUGUCUGAUUUCCCUUUUCAAGUUGGAUACUGUGUCCCAGGCCCGACCUGGAAAUUCGAAAGCACUAAAAUUCCAACCAUGUUCAAGUUCCUAGUUGUGCUUUCUGCACUUGCUGCAUUUGCAGCUGCAGCCACCCUUAGGGUAAACCCUGAUGAACUCCAUGUCAUCUGGGACACCAUCGAGAAAGACAUCAGAGUCCGUCAACAAGAAGCCGAGUUGGAAAUCCGCAACCUUUUGGCGCCUCUCAGCAUCUUGGUUGAUGAUGCCAGGGAAAAACUUGCCAAUGACCUCCAAGAAGCCAACGCUUUGAUCCCGCGCCAUCCAAAUCACCACUGACAUUAUCGAUGAAAUCGAAGCAUUCGGAGGAAGAGUAGACAGCUGCAGAGAUGUUGAAUGUGCCAGUGACUUGGAUGUUGAAAUCGUCACCUUGUACGAAAGAAUCGUCAAGGACUUGGAUGGAGCUCUUGAAAUCGCCAACGAAGCCGCUUUGAUCAAAUUGGGAGCUGAACUUGACGAAGCCCAAUUGGAUCAUGAAAGAUACGCAGAAGGAACCCGGCAAUUGUUGGAAGAACUCAGGAUUUGCGCCGAUGAGCGUGUCUAGAUAUACCAUUUUUGAACAGUUUUUUGUUUUAUGAUAAUAAACAAAAUUAAAUUGUA